GACACGCUUCUCCCACCAGCUGAGGUUAUAAAACACCAGUUGAUACAGAUAGUUACAAUCGUUCGUCUGAACUUUAUCACAGUCGGUGUAGUCAUGUCUUUCUGUUCGUUCUCUGGAGGGGAGUUUUAUAAAGGUCAUUUUGAGACUGGCAUGUAUGUUUGUGCCGAAUGUGGGCAUGAGCUGUUCUCCAGCCGCUCCAAAUAUGAGCAUUCAUCACCCUGGCCAGCCUUCACAGAAACCAUCCACGAAAACAGUGUGUCUAAACAUGAGGAGAGAUGGGGUGCUUAUAAGGUUAAAUGUGGUAAGUGUGGAAAUGGUCUUGGCCAUGAGUUUGUGAAUGAUGGACCCAAACCUGGCCUCUCACGCUUCUGAAUAUUCAGCAGCUCUCUGAAGUUCAUUCCUAAAGUCAAGAAUGAACAACAGUAGAGCCAGAUGUUGGAUAAGCAUGUGAGGAUGUUUCAGUAAGAGCGUAUGGAGAAGCUCGGAUGUGUUUUCCGUGUGGAUGGCGUAUGAAAGGCUCUGAUGAAAAGCCCACAGAGGAACGAUCAGAGCAGUAAUGUGUAAACAGCCUCAUGGGGAACAUGAAGAAGCUUACUUCCAAUAAAUACGCACAACUAUGCAAGAUCAGAUCUUUUAUAAUAUUCACGAUAUGCACUAUUGU